AUUUCUGGUAUUUUUAUGCUAUCUGGGUAGCACCCGACAUUUAAAAACUUAAUUUUUUAAUAUAGAAAAUAAUAAGCAUUACAUUUUUAGUUGUUUGUAGUAACAAUAAUUUCGUUUGUAGUUUUAUCCAUUAAAAGAUAUAAACAAUUAAACAAAUUGCAAUAAGCUAACUUUCUAUUUGUUGAGAUGUUGCGAAUCCGCUUGCGCUGUCUUUUUCAGAAUUGUUUGUAGUUGUUUCGUUUCGUUUGUAGUUGAUAGACAUUUAGUAGGGAUUUCAAUCAUAACCAUAAAAAAAUUCAUCGAGCUCGGUGGAAAACAAAGUUCACAAACAUUUUGUAAUAGCAACAGUGAUAUCGACAAUGUAUUAUCACAGCGUGUACAAGUAUCUUUACUUACUACUACUUACACGAUAUCAGUAUGACCUCUUAUGUAAAUUUAGAAUGUUGCAUUCCAUUGCAGAAAGAUAUAAUAACCGUGAGUACCAGAAAUAUCUAAAAAUGUUGUAUAUCUGAUAUCUAAAGAACUAUAGAUAUUUAGAGUCACUGUGAAGCGUAGAGACGAAAAAGCGUACGCGAUGGAUAGAGCGAAGUAGAAAUGUUCCACAGUCGGGCCUGUAUACCUCGACUAUUUUUUCUGGAGAACAUUAAAAAACGAAGUCUAUAGCCAUGUUAUAACAAGAAAAGCAGUGUGAAACAGCUUUUCUUUUUUUUUAAGAGUUCUUUCAAUGUUCGACUACAAAAAUGUAUACACAUAAACGAUCGCCAUUUUCAACAUCUGUAAAAUAAACUUAUCAGGCAUCAGGUGUAUUCGAAAUGUUUUGUACGUUACUUUUAACAAACGUUUUGAUUUCGGAUCAUUUAAAGUUCAUAUUAUUAUGGAACAUUGAAUUCAUUUUGAUCUUAAUUAACGCAUAAAAAUGUAUAAUACAAUUAAAAAACUACCGAUUACAUUGAAAUUUUAAAAAAAGUAUCUCCAAAGAAAAGUUUUGUUGAGAUCACAAUAUUUGUCUCUUUUGAUUGAAGAAAUGUCUAUAAUUUCAUUGUCACGUAUUUUAUUUGGUGAGAAAGGAAAGAGAUAUUUUAAGAGUUAAUGUUAGGUAACAUUCUGUAUAAUACGUAAAACUUUUCGAAACUAUUACAACACUUAAAUUCGGAAGCCAUAAUUACUUGUUACAGAUAUUACAUAAUUAAUACCUGAAAGAAUCGAAAAAGACGAAACGAAGUUGGACACCAUUUUACAUUAAACGAUGAUUGUUGGCGUACUACUGUCAUGUGCAGUUAUUGCAUUUUUAUAUUAUUACGUUAUCCAUCUUGCAAGGUUCAGACGGCUUGUCAAUCUUAUUCCGGGACCACGUAUGUUGCCAAUUGUUGGUGAUAUUUUCAAAAUACUACUUAAUUCUUCACAAGAAGCUAUGUGGAACCUUUUUGCGGUACGCUCUAAAAUAUAUCGUCGAAUUUAUAAAGGUUGGUACUUCAUCAUCGGUUACGUCGUCAUUCUGAAUCCGCACGACAUGCAGACGAUAUUGAACAGUACGAAAUAUAUCACGAAAGGUAUAGGGUACAAAUUACUUCAUCCAUGGUUAAGAAACGGUCUCCUCAUUAGUAAAGGAGCUAAAUGGCAAGAAAGGCGAAAGAUACUAACGCCUGCGUUCCAUUUUAAUAUAAUAAAACAAUUUUUUGAUACUAUGGUUGUGGAAAGCAAUCGUAUGACAAAAUCGUUGAAAGAUAUGGAAGAUUCGACUGUUCAGGAUUUACAGUCUUUUAUUAGCUACUAUACUUUGAAUAUAAUAUGUGAAACUUCCAUGGGUACUUCCUUGCAAAACAUGGACGCGGCUGAACAAGAGCGCUAUCGCAAGGCACUCCGUGUUUUAGCUGAAAUAUUACUUCAUAAAAUUGUACGUCUGUGGUAUAGGAGUGAUGUACUAUUCUGGUUCUCGUCAAAAUAUAAAGAACAAGUUAAAUGUUUGAAAAUACUACACGGUUUUACGGAAAAAAUUAUUGCAGAAAGAAAACGAUAUCACGAAUCAACUGGUGGACGAUAUCUAAAUUUUGAAAAUGAGGCAGAAGAUAAUGAUAUGAUAGGAAGCCGAAAGAAGCGGCUUGCCAUGUUGGAUCUCAUGAUAGCAGCGUCCAAUAAUAACCAAAUGAGCGAUUCGGACAUCAGAGAAGAAGUUGACACCUUCGUGUUUGAAGGUCAUGAUACCGUAUCAGCGGCUCUGACCUUCGCUAUAUUACUGUUAGCCGAACAUAAGGACGUGCAGGAUCGCGUCAGAAAUGAAGUCAAUGCUGUAAUGGAAGAAAACGGAGGAAAACUGACUAUGACAGCGUUACAGAAUCUGCCAUACCUAGAGAGAUGUUUGAAAGAAACGAUGAGAUUGUAUCCUAGUGUUCCUAUCAUAGCACGAACGUUAGAGGAAGAUGUAAUGUUACAAUCGUAUCUGGUACCUGCUGGAGUAGAUGUGAUUAUGGACAUUAUAAAUCUUCACAAAAAUCCUGAUUUCUGGCCAAAUCCAGAGGUGUUCGAUCCAGAUAGAUUUUUGCCAGAGCUGGUGCAAAAUCGUCAUCCUUUUGCUUAUGUACCGUUUAGCGCUGGUUCGCGGAAUUGCAUAGGUCAACGAUUCGCCAUGAUGGAGCUGAAAACUGUAAUUAGUACCCUGGUGCACAACUUUUACUUGGAGCCCAUCGAUUACUUGAAAGACGUUCAAUUUUUAAUGGCUAUAAUUAUGCGCUCUAAACAACCGAUGCGCGUAAAAUUCGUCCCAAUCGAAAGUACUCAACUAUUAUAGCGGAAUGCGAAUUAUAUCGGUGUUAAAACAUUGAUAUAUGAUGAGAAAUGACGAAUUUGUUAGACGGA